AUGGCAUCGUGUGGAUAUUCUACGUUUGUUGGAGGGCCCUGUGGAGCAAGCCCUUCAAAUCCUGCAGAUGCAACGUGUGUAGCACUAGACAAAUGCACAAAAGACGCCAAGUCUCACUUAAACCAAUAUGACUGCUUGGAUUCGUCCUUGAAAACGGAAGCAGAUCUUCUUCUCGCAAGAGCAGGUAACUGAUUUGCACUGUAAAUAAAUAAAGCCUUUCCGAUGAGUUGAUCAAGUUGAUGCGCUUUUACUGCUUGUUAUUAUAUGUCAUUCGUUUUAUUUUAAUUUUUUCAUUAAUAUUAAUUUGUUUAUGUGUGGCGCCGCAACUCGAAAGACCUCUCAAAGGCAGCAACGUAGUUCCGGAAUUUGACUUUCUAACUUUUGAUACUAACAGCUAACACAUUUUGCGAUUACCACAGAAUUGCUACAUGAAUUCACUACGGCUUCUUUAUACAUUUUGUUUCAGGGAUUUUCGAAGUCGAUGAUAAUCAAAUUAAAAUGUCGAUUUGUCCACGACAUCGAGACGCCUUUGGUAUACGAUGGCGUAGCGGCAAAAGAACAUGUUCGGCUCCAAAAGACUGGGCGGCGCAUAAGAGUAAACAAGUGAAGGGAGAUCGGGGUAUCACCCUACCACAAUGUAAAAGGAUCUUUAGGCUCACUUCAGUGCUUGUUCCAGUUGCGUCUCGUAAGUAAUAAAGAUAAUGCUAAGAAUUGCACAAUCCUGUAGUCCCUGGGAACUGUGUAUGCAGUCGAAAGAAACCCGGCUAGAUGUUAAGUCUGGUCUGUGGCGUAGGCUGGGGACUGGUACUUAAAAUUUAGAAACAAUUAGCUGCCAUGAACAAAAAGCUUUAUGUCCAAAUCCUAACUCGAUGGGGAUCAAAUGCAUGUCUAAAUCAGUGAUUAAAACCACAUUCGCUGUGUUACAGACACCAACCAAAUUUGCAGUGAUUAUGGAGAUUCCACUGCAUUAUUUCACGAAGGCUGAAAUGGAUAUUCCGCAGAUUUUAUCGCUGAAUAAAGAAGAUGGGAAAUGUACUCAUGAGUUGUUAUUUUUCUGUUUUAAUUUUAGCCAUUUGUAAAAAAUGUCGGCUGGUGCUUGCAUCAGGGGUACCUUCAUCCCCGUGUGAAACAAGAAGAAGAUGUCCCCCCUCCAAUGGCAAAAGAGAAACGAGACGUCUGCACAUCAUUUGCUUCAUCACCGUCCAUUACAAAAGAGGAUGUUUCUUUCAAAGUCCAACAAGCAAAGGCAAAGGUCUUGUCAGUUGUUGACACUGACGAAACUGACUCGGUAAUAUAUUAUUAUCAUCAGAAUCAGAGACAGGAUUUGGAAUUGAAACAGUUUUCAAAUGGCUCCUUCUUGGGACCUCAACGAAAAAAAACCCCAUGCACACAUAGAAACAGAUGGAGGAAGGAGGAUUGUUUUAAAUUAGAUCUGCAAUUUGUUUUGCAGUUCAAAACAUGUAGAAUUAAUUCGAUGACUAAAUUUUUUUUUAAAUAAAAGCUACAGUUUUCAUCAUCUUCAUCAUUAUCAUCGGCCCAAUCAUCGUCAUUGUCAUUAUUUUGUAUCACUGUGAUAGUCGCUUAUAGCUUCUUAACUCCUUAUAUUAUUUUAUUAUUCUCUUUCUUAAUUUGGCUUUCUCUUUUCUUCUUUUCUCUUUUCUAUUCCAGGACAAUGAAAGUGCCUCUGGUUUGAGCCAAGCCAUGAAAAACCUCGAACUUGUUUCGUUCGACAGUAGCCCUUACGCUACAGAAAGUACCGGCAGCAGCAGCGGUAGUGCGAAUGAUUCAUCAAUCGAAACCCAAACGCUUCGUCGCUUAAAGCUGAAUGAAUUUCUAAGUGUAUGUGGCAGGGAAACUGUGAAUCAACCGAAAAAAAGUUGGGAGCAACUAAGCACGCGAACUAAAAAUGUUCGCGCAUCUAAAGCAAAAGAUGCUGUCGUUGCGUCGUUAGAGGUCAUUUCUCCUAGAAACCCGGCAGCCCUAUGGGAAGCAAUGAAAAGCUCACAGUCUGUAGAAAAAGCCUUGGGCACAGACAAUCAAUCUCCGUUGGAUAAGAAGUACCUGGAAGCGUUAGCAGAGACCUAUCAGAAUGCAAGUAGUUGGGACACCCGCCGACAGGUGUUGUCAAUAAUGGCUGAUUUGACACCGUACUCUGUUUUGCAGCAAUUUAUUCCUGGCAUCACCGACUACAGAAUCAAAGUAGCUCGCCAACAUUCCAUCGAGCAUGGACGCGGUGUUCCCUUGCCUGCCGCCAAGAGCCCUAGACUCAGGGUAGACGAAAUCCAGCUUGAUCAUUUUUUAAGCUUCAUUACCAGUCCCCACGUGGUCCAAGAUCUACCGUUUGGCCAACGCUACCUGUACCUAUCAAACGGCAAGAUACUCGAAACACCUAAUGUGAUAAGGUCCAUGAUAACACAGCGCAUAAUUGAUCAGUAUAACCAGUUCUGCUUGGAGACGAAUUUUUCUCCGUUCAGCCCGUCCACAAUGUUACGAAUAUUGUCAUCGUGUACCGCUACAGUAAGAAAGUCAUUUCAAGGACUAGACUACUUUGCCGCUGAAGGAGCAAAAGCCUUUAACGAUUUGCUAAAAUUAGUUGCAAGGACUGGAGACAGACAGUGGGUCGUUAGAUGCGAGCAAGCUCUGAAAGAGGGAAAACAGUAUUUGAAAACGGACUACAAGGUAGAUAUUUUAGAACCAUUUAUAAUAUAAACACUUAAGAGGCCCUGCGCCUAAGAAACGACCGAUGAUUUCCGGCUAAAAAAUAAAAUCGGCCGAUUUUUAUCUCCCAAGUAGAGGUUACCGAAUACUAUUCAAAAAUGAAUUUCUUUUGUUUCAGUCUCGCUUUAGACCAAAAAUAUCGAGCCGCAAACUUUUUCCGUCUGUAGCAGCAAAAUCAGGCCUAAAAUAAGCCCUCGCAAAACACGGUUCAGAAAUCACUAUCGCAACGCAAAACAACGAGAAAACCACACAGUGAUGAAGAAAAAGGCCUUUUAAUGCAAUAUCAUUCGAUAAACAUCGAAAAACUGCCGAAGGGAAUAAAAAAUAAAUUUUCAAAUAUUGCAUAUUAAAUUAGAUAGAGCGUUGAAGUUGAUUUUAAAAUAAUUAUUUCUCAAAAGUCCAACGCUGUUGAAAGCAAUCACAGUGAUGAAUCAGACAUUGGAGGGAUAUACAUUACGAUUCUGGAAAAACAUUUUUCGGCCAAAGUAUAUUGACGUUGUACAAAGCGUUCAAAGUUGCAGUGUUUACCGUUAUCUUGCUACUUCGGCGAAACACUUCUGUGUUGGCAAUACGGCCGUGGAUAGCGUGGUAAACGCCACUUUAAUCCCUGCUAGGCGCUCAGAGACCAUCCUAAGUAGAAGGACGUAGAAUUAAAAGGGAAAGUAAGAUGAAAAAUAGGCAGAAAAAGAAAAGAACUCGAAAUUACCAUCUGCUGACGAAACUUGAAUCUGGAAAAUGUCGUCGCGUGACAGCGGCCAAUGACGUCUUUGUCUAAACUGCGGCGGAAUCUAAACGAAUACACAACUUUUUCCCGGCCAGAAAGCACUUAGUGAAACAAUGUUACAGUAAUGUUAUUUUUUCACAAGCGAUGGUGACUUAAAAAGAAAAAAUUCCCGAACCGCCGCACCGUUUUGGCCUCAGUGUGAUCUGAUCGUUGUGGGGUCACGAGUCGACGCUUCUGGCCAGCGGUCUAUUGAAAGAAAUCUGAUGCCAUCUCUUUUUUUUUUUCGGGCGAGAAUCAUUCAUGUCAAUGUCCAAUGUCUUCCUUCAAGGAAAAAAAGAGAGAGAUAUUGGAGUACUGUUGCUCCCGAGAACGAGGAACAUCUUGGUCCCGAAAACUGAGUUCACUACGCCCAAGAGUUACGGUUUUUUUUUUUUUCUCAAAGGACUAGUAUCUGGCGCUAUAAAAUGUAGCUAACAGAUUCAAUUCUUGGCACAAUGAUUAGCCUCGCGUUUAGUAUUUUCUUGGACAUGAAAAUAUCGGGGGUGACGCUAUUCGGUGGAAUGGCGGACUGACGGAAUGACGGAACGGAAAGAUGGAAUACAUGGAAUAUUCUAAAAUACGGAAUAUACGGAAUACUCUAAAACGCAGAAUAAGAGAAAAAUCGUUUAAAAAGGGUAUACAUGUAUACAGUCGACUCCAAUAACUCGAACCCUCGCUACUGACUCGAACCUCGUGCUAACUCGAAGUAAUACUAAUUUUUGUUUCUCUUCAGAUCAUUUCUAUAUAAUUUUACCCUCAUUAACUCGAACCAUGUUUUAAGCGCGUGACAAGUAAAAGAAUUGACUUACCGUAAUGAUUCGAUUUAGCGUCCUGGAGCUUAUUUGCUUAAUUGGUGCCUCUAGGGAGGACGCUUAUUCGGGACAGGGCGCUUAUUUCUUUUUUGAGAAACAACCAAAUGUUAAAAAAAGAACUUUGAUAUUUAUUUAAAAACGAACAACAUUUGAAACAAAUAACAAAUACUGACGGUGAAUGCUCAGUUAACGCGAGGGACUUACUUGAGACUUCUUGGGCACUUUGUCGAUGGAACUUUCCUUCCUUAUAUUCACCUGUCUUAAAAAAGCUUACAGUCAAAACAAAGUGCAAGUCGAUUAAGGUAAUGGAUCAAGGAGACUGGAAAACGGACUUGUUGUCCCUGGAUCCUUCCUCGCCAGAACGACCAGCCGAGCAAUCUCCACAAAAUUUGAAGAAGAGAUCAUUCCUUUGAAGACUUUGAAGACUCUGGAAAAUCUAAAGCAAGCUACCGGACAAAUUUAGGCACAGGUGUGGCCCCCAUUAAUUGGUAGUACAAUCCUGUCAAGCUCAAGUUUACAAUUCUCUUUUUUAGAACAGCCGUUUUAUGAAAGUUAUCCGACAUUAGAUUCCCGUGAUACCGGACCCUUCACCCGUCAAGAUGGCUUUCAAAACCGUCAUAAGGUCUAUAGUGUGGCUUACGGCAGAACGAAAAUUGAAUUUUUAAUAUUGCCUCUGCUUUUUCGUCAGUCCAGCUCAAAUCAAAUAC